AUGAGACGUGCCCACUGCGUUUACUCUGAUCUACCGGCCAACAGAGUCGCUCACCCUCCCGCCGGUCCCACGGGACUUUCCUCGGACGUCGAUGCAUCCGCCAGAUCUUCAACGGUGGCGAAUCACAAUCAGAGAGUGACAGACCGUGUGUUUGAUGGAGAGACCGCGAGGCGGGCAGUCGUCGAUCCGCCUCGAGAAUUGCCUAGAUUCGAUCCGACAGUCAACAAUGCCGUGACCGAAAACGCCACGCCAGUAUCAAGCGACCCGUCGAUCUCGCAGUGGCCCAUAGGGUCUUGCAAAGAAAGCUCUACGUCCUUUCUUCAGGACCAUUUGGCAUCCUUUUGGGCCGAUAGAGCCAGUAUAGGUAGAGACCCAAUCGUUAGCGGAAACGACCUCACAGAAGACGACGUGACCACCCCCUUGCCAUUUAUCCCUGGUUCAGGCCGCCAGAGUUUUGUGUCUUUAGAGGAGCAACUGCCCGACAAAGCUAGUGCCUCAGUAUGGCUGAACACAUUCCUGAAGGGCCCAAAUAUGCUAUUCCGCAUCUGCGACGAGGCUGAUAGUUGGAGGCUUUUGGAUACAGUAUAUGGGAAAGACCACGUUGAUGAGACACAAAAAUGUUCUAUCUGGCUUCAGCUGGCUACAGGAUGCCGAUUCACGACAGGCACCGCCGAAGAGACGUAUACUAAACUGUAUGAUAGUGGGUGUCAGUACCUGGAAUGGUGUAUCGAGCAGGCAGACGAGGUAGCUCCACUGUGGGUUUUACCCUCGAUGCUGCUCGAGUGCCUAUAUUUUCUAGACUCUAAGCCGAAGACAUGUUGGCUGACCCUCAGCUCGGCGAUACGGCUUGCUCAAGUGCAUAAUCUAGACCAGGAAAAGGGUUCUCUUCCAGGGCUGUCAGGAGAAGAAUACGAGCGGUGGAGACAAGUUUGGAGAGCCAUCAUCUUCUUCGAUGCGUGGCUGUCCAUGACACUGGGGAAGACUCCACAGAUCAAUCAGAAGACAACUCAGGACCCAUUUGUGAACAUGACACUCGAGGAAUUUGCCGCUCCGAACCCAGAUAUCGAGGUGAAUGUUGCGAAACUGAGUGUGUUGAUCAGCCGUUUCCUGUCAGGCCUCAGCCAGGGGAGCAUGUACCCCAGUAUUCAGGAAGCAUUCUUCCAUGCGCUUGAGGUCUGGGCCUCAAAUCUGCCCCAGAAUCUGCGGCACUUCCCGGAUAUCACAGCCCCCCAAUCGUCGCAAGCUGAUGAAGCGGGUUCUCUUUACUUGGAAGCAUUCUACUUUUCAUCUGUAACGGUGUUGACCAAACCAGAGUUUUUUCUGUCAUUAUUCGCCGCAAAACCACAGUCAUCACGCAUCGGGAUAUUUGCUCAAACCUGUGUGGAUUCUUCGGCCCAGAUCGGUCAUUUGUCUUCGAGGAUACUCGAACGAGGCCUCCUUUGUAAAAGAUCCUGGCUUGUUGCAACUCUGGCAUACCAUGCCGGACUAGUGCUCUGUUUGAGUCUUUCGGUCCAGGUGACUUCUCUGCGUUACAAUUUAAAGCCUCCUGGAAGUCACAGAGUCGAGAGUGAUGGCCUGACGGCGGUCAUGAACGUUUUAUCCACCUGCACCUCUCAUUCGACCUUGGCCAACCACCACCACGAAGUGCUCCGUUAUUUUUGGAAGUUGAUCAAGAACUACGAGGAAGCGGCCUACCCCACGCCACCGUCCUGGCCGGAUUCUACCGUGACACCACGAGGUUCCAUGAGUUUCGGCAUGUGGCAGACAUCACCAGAUCCAUUACCUUCAACAUCCUCUGCACUUUCAUCCUCGUCCUAUGAUUUCACAGCUGGAUCUGACUAUUCAUUUCCAACGGCCAGUGAAAUAUCCCAGUCUGCAGCUGCUCGCUACCACAGUCAGGGGAUGCCAGAUCCGUCGUUGCUUCCCUGGGCGGGUUCAAUGCCUCAUUAUGAUUCGUCUCAGUCCUCGAAUAUGAACUUGGAGUCGCGACAAACCUCUGUCAACUACGGCUCUGGCCACUACAAGCCAUACAUGGAGAAUUUUUGGUCUACCGAAACAAUAGAGUUCGACCGAUAG